AUGGUAAACUUAGCUAACGUUUUAACCAACGCGACUGCAGCUACGCUGAGCGCAUGGUCUAAUACAGUUCCGUUAGAGACAUAUUUUCAUUUUGAUGAGGCAUCAGGAUUUGGCGACUACUAUUUGAAUGUAUCCGUAAUCUGGAUGAAUGAAACCCUUUAUGAAACCAGAAUUAUCCCAGCUAUUAUCAAUGUCCGCGAAUGGCUUGACGAUAUGGAGGCAAACGAUCCUUCACCCAGUGUAAGUAACCCAUACGAAACUUCAGGUUAUUAUGCCUUUUCAACAGUAGUACCUGUUUUAAUGGGGAAUAUGAAAGUAGCAUAA